AUGAAGUUUCAAAACGUUGUCGUCUUAUUCACUGCUGUUGUCUCAGCCACAGCGCCGCCGACAUGCAAGAAUUCCGCUCCCUCGUACUGCAAGUACACUUCAAAUCGCGACGCAAAUGAAUGUCGGCGACUAUUUGCCAAGAGCUAUAUCAACGUCGCAACAUGCCAGCUUCCAGCAAAGACCGUUACCUCAACUCGUACCCAAUGCGCUACCAGAGUUACCACCAAGACUGUGGCGCCGCCACCAAGAACCACCAAGGUGUACAAGACCAUCACCAAGACUGGCAAGCCUACGACUCUGCCAACUAUCACCGUCACCACGACGUCAACCAAGAUCGACACAACUGUUUUGACUGAUAGUACCACAACCGUUGACUUGCGCACAACUACCGAGUUUCAAACCAAUCGUGUCAGGUCCACCAGAACUAUUACUAGUACCAAAAUCAUCACUACUACCGUUCCGUUUGACGACCAAGUAGUUUGCACUCGCAAAAAGCGAGCACUUGGGAAGUCAUUGCCAACCUCAUGCUCUUGCUUCCUUACCACCACUAAGCCUGCAGCCACCAAGACUGCCAUUGUUACCAAGAACAAGCCUGCUGUUACCCACACGGUAUACAAGUUUGGCGGACCCCGAAAGGUCAUCUCUCGAACCAUCACUAUUUUCCGUUAUGUGGCUGGCCCAACUGUAUCAGCUCCUGAGACCACCACAACUAGCACAGCUACUGUCACCCAAACCGACCAUACUCUCACCACCGUCACAGAUUCUCAGAUUACAACUGCUACCGAGGUCGAGGAGGUGACUGACAUUGUUGUUCAAACCAAUACUGAGACCGCCACUGCUACGGCUACCAAAAGCCCUUGCGACGAUGCUGGAAGUUGGGACCCUAUACAGCAGGAAAUUGCAGGCUCCAGCAUACAAGUUACCACUUCCAAAGACGCGCUCGGACCUGAUGCUGUAAAGUCGUGUUGCCAGUCUUGCUACGCAAGACCUAAUUGCGUAUUUUUCAGAGUUGGUGGCAACGUUUGCGAGGUCUUUAGCAGCGUGCCUAGCUUCAGUGACUCCUGCACCUCGCCUCUCUGCCCACGAGGCUUCCCUUCUCUGAGCUUUUACGAGCCAGAUGGGAAGGAUUACUACCUGGGGCCAUGUAUUGGAACGAGUGGCGCCUAG